GCAGUGAGCCCCGUCUGCCCGACCUUCAAGGUUCCACCAUGUUCUCGCGGGCGAGUGUUGUCGGGCUGUCGGCCUGCGCCCUGCAGCCGCAAUGGAUCCAAGUUCGAAACAUGGCCACUCUGAAAGAUAUUACCAGGAGACUGAAGUCCAUCAAAAACAUCCAGAAAAUUACCAAGUCUAUGAAGAUGGUGGCAGCUGCAAAGUAUGCCCGGGCUGAGCGGGAGCUGAAGCCAGCUCGAGUGUAUGGAACAGGUUCCUUGGCUCUGUAUGAGAAGGCUGAUAUUAAGGGACCCGAGGACAAGAAGAAGCACCUCAUUAUUGGUGUGUCCUCAGAUAGAGGGCUUUGUGGUGCUAUUCAUUCCUCAGUGGCUAAACAGAUGAAGAAUGAAGUGGCUGCCCUCACAGCAGCUGGGAAAGAAGUUAUGAUUGUAGGAGUUGGUGAAAAAAUCAAGGGCAUACUUUAUAGGACUCACUCUGAUCAGUUUUUGGUGUCAUUCAAAGAUGUGGGACGGAAGCCUCCUACUUUUGGAGAUGCAUCAGUCAUUGCCCUUGAGUUAUUAAAUUCUGGAUAUGAAUUUGAUGAAGGCUCUAUCAUUUUUAAUCAGUUCAAGUCUGUUAUCUCCUAUAAGACAGAAGAGAAGCCCAUCUUCUCUCUCAAUACCAUUGCAAGUGCUGAGAGCAUGAGCAUUUAUGAUGAUAUUGAUGCUGAUGUGCUGCAGAAUUACCAGGAAUACAAUCUG